ACAAAACAAACUCAAACAAAAGUCGGUUUUAUAAAUAAAUAAAGGAUAAUGUAAUCUUUCUUAAAGCCUGUGAUUCAGGGUGCAGACAUGUCUCUGCUGUUACUGAUUUGUAAUAAACGUCGAGUCUUCACUUCAUGUCUGGUAACUGUUGAGUGGCCCGAUAAGGCCCGGGGAUGGUUUAUGGGUGGAGAUAAGACUGCUCCACCCUGCACACGAGUUUCCUCUACUUAAUGAACUUUGUUUCUCUGCUAGUUUCAGAUAAAAACGACUAAACUAAAUUCAAAGUACUUGUUCAUACUUCAACUCCUCUCCAUCUCAGAGGAAGAAUAUUUACGUACAUCUCCAGAUGUGUGGAGUGUUUGUGAUACACUGUGUGAUGAAGUGUUCCUUUAUGUGUUGAGAAGAUUCCUCCUCCUCCUCCAGAUAAAUAAAGUGUUUAAAAAGCCUCUUGGAUCAGCUGGAAAUGGUAGAUGGUAUUCAGGCUGUUGAACACCUGACAUUCCUGGAGCACAUUUCAGAAUGCAGUCAGCUCCCAUUCAAGCCGAGGGAGGAGUCACUGCGCGCGCAUGGCACAGGAGACACGCACAUUUGUACAGAACCAACCUUUAUACCUUUCUCCCCUCAGUCAACAGAGGAUGUGACUUUCAUGUCGGAGAUUUUAGGAUUAACGAGGAUUUGGUGUUUCACGUAUAUUACAAUGAGGAUUAGUGCGCGUCCAGAGCUCCAAACACGCGCGUGAAGGAUGAGGAGGGAGCUUUAGAUCAGGUGCACUAGCUGCAGCCUGUUGAUCUCAACUCUGUGCUUCACUUUUGAUUUCACAACGAGGGCUUGAGGAGCCGGUCUGAAAGAUGGCUCCAGAAAUGACAACGUGGUUCUUGUUGGAGACGUCCUCCUCCACCCUGCAGCUCCUCCACAUGAGGCCAGGAGAGAUCUGCGUCUUCCCCGCAGCCAACUGACCAAUCGUCUGCAGUCACAGCUGCAGCGGGGAGGCAACAUGCCUGCGGCUCGCAGAAAACUCUGCAUGAUGAUGAUGAUGUUCAGCAUCUUCAUCUGCGUGCUGGUGAGCGUGUCGUGGAACCUUCGACACAGAAGUGUCCAAGAGAAGAUUCGAAUCCCUUCACAGAGGUUUUGGCACCAGCACGUAGUGAGCGAAUCUUUCUGGAACAAGGAGCAGCAGCGCCUGGACUUCAUCUUCAACCCCAUCGUCAACUUCGUGCUCUCCCGGAACUCUCUCGUCGAGCUGCCCGAUUGGCUGAAUGACACCGGACCGCUCGACCCCUGUGUACCAGACGACAGAGUCCCCAUGCAGAUAUUGGACUACAACUCCCUGACGCAAGGCUUCAAGGAUUUCCUUUUGCACAUGCGCUGCAGGACAUACCCCAUGCUGAUAAAUCAGCCCCGUAUUUGUGAUGGAAAGCCCUUCCUGCUGCUGGUGGUCAAAUCACAGAUCCCACAUUUUGACCGGCGGCAGGCCAUUCGUGAAACAUGGGGUCGUGCCGGCGUCUUAGCAAAUCGCACUGUGGCGACGGUGUUCCUGCUAGGCAACGCUUUGCCAGUGGACCACUUCCCAGACCUGCUGGGGAUGCUGGGCCACGAGGCGGAGCUCCACAAAGACCUCCUCCAAUGGGACUACAGGGACACCUUCUACAACCUCACCCUGAAGGAGGUCCUCUUCCUGGAGUGGUUCAGCCAAAACUGUCCCCACGCCCAGUACAUCCUCAAGGGUGACGAUGACGUCUUUGUCAACACCUUGCGAAUUAUCGACUUCCUGGAAGGCCUGUCGGAGAUGAAAGCCAAGGAUUUGUUCAUAGGUGAUGUUAUCAGGGACGCAGGUCCACUCAGAAACCCAAAACUCAAGUACUUUGUCCCAGAGAGUGUGUUUCUGGGGCAGUAUCCACCUUACGCCGGAGGCGGAGGAUAUCUGCUCUCACGGGAGAUAGCGCUGCGCCUUCACAACGCAUCUCGGCAGGUAGUCCUGUAUCCCAUUGACGAUGUCUAUACGGGGAUGUGUCUGAAAAAGCUGGGCCUGGCUCCCGACAAGCACAGCGGCUUCAGGACGUUUGACAUUGAGGUGAAGAACAGGAACAACCCCUGCAUCUACAGGAGCCUGAUGCUGGUUCACAGCAGGACGCCACAGGAGAUGUUGACGAUCUGGCCGUGGAUUAUCCACCCGGAGCUGGACUGCCAGUGAACACCUUCAUCUUUGUUUGCACUGUAAAAUUAUGUUAAAUCCUCACGUCUAAGCAAAACGUCUGAGUUAGUAUUUCAAAGUCAUCAAAAUGAUUUAUUAUACUCAUAUUAAAGAAAGCAUUUGAUAAACGAGUGCUCUGAAACAUGCAUGUCCCUCGCUAAUGCUAAUGUUAGCGAGAUAGCACGUGUACACGAUACAUGCAAUGCUAACUGUAACUCCCAUACCAGGAUAUUCCAUGUGUACGAUGUUGCAUGCUAAUGCUAACAGCCGAUCGUUAACAAAGCCCCAGGAACAGCGACAGGCUUUGACGCUCACGAUGUCACGUGACCACAGUCUUACAAUGAUGUCUGGAAAUCAGCUGUUUGUUUUUGUAUGAACUCUUAAAUAUCCAUUAUUGAAAUCAUUAGGUCCUCAGAGUUGUUUCCUUUCCUCCGGUCGUGUGAAUGAUGGGAUGCAGAAGGUCGAGGUUAUUUUAUACUCGGUAGACGAACCAUUUUGUCUUCAUGCCCCACUGAGCAACUUUUAUAGGAAUGAACCGGGCCCCGCCUCCGACGCUGUAUCCAGUUCUCGUUAUACAACAUGUUUGUACGCAUACAAUAAGCAUACAUCAAUUUUAAAAUGUAUCCGUUCAUGAACUCUAGUUUUGGACAAGUGGAAGUUCUGACCUUCUGAUGGCAUCAAGUCAGAGGAUCUCUAAAGUCUUUAGGAUUCAACCUCUUGUGAAUGUCUGUCAAUGUUUACGGCAAUCCAUGCAAUAGCACACACAUUGCCAGCGCCGCGCUAAUAUAGUGCAUGUGGCAAAAAACUAAUGGACAUAAUCGUGCAUAUGGAUUUCACUGGUGCAUGUUUCUUUAAAUGUCGACAUGAACGUAAAAUAAAAUAAUCCUUUAUUGAUCCGCAGAGGGUUACAGCUGUUGUAGUAAGAAUAAGAUAAUAGGUAAAAAUAAAAACUAUGCAAAAGCAAUUCAACUUAAACUUACAAGGCAAGCAGUACACACACACACACACACACACACCACACACACACACACACACACACACACACACACACACACACACACACACACACA